AUAGUUAGGUAUUAGGUAACCAAACCAAAAAUGCCAGGAUGGCGGUGCUCCAUUCCUAGUUCAUUUUUUAGGUGUAUGCUGUCACUCUUGGAACUAUUAAUUGGACUCUAUUCUGGUGCUAUGAAAAUUACAUCUACUUCCAUCCUGGCAUUUGUUCUCUAUCUAAAUUGUUCCCUACUUUCUCUUUGAAGUUGCCAUUGCUUGUUUUUUUAUAUAUAACCUAACUGGACCUUUGGUCUGAUUAGUUCCACAGGAAUUUGCAAAUAACCAUCUCCGUGCUACAAGGCUCUACCCAAGAAUAGCCAGUGUGGCAAUACAGGGAUUUAAUCCAUGAUCUCAGUUGGUAUACUUUUGCAAUUGAAAUCUCCUGUUUAGGUUAAAAGUAGCACGACCUAUUUUGAUUUUAUUGGUGAGUUAGAUCUCUAUUUCUCCUUUUUGCUACAUUAUGUGCACCAUUCCUUGAGGUAAUGACAAUUUGAUACUUGUUGAAAUAAAUUGAAAUGUAACUCUACUUGCUACCUGGAAUCUCUUCACUGUUCUUUCACUGUUCUGUGAACUAGAUUGCUCUGAAGAUGAAAUGCAUUUCCUUUAGCGUAAUGCAUCUUUUGUGCCAGAAAUAGCAUUUAUCUAUGAAUUGUAUUCAUUUAAGAAAGAAAAGAUAAAAUCAAGGCCAAUCGCACAUUAUUGUGUGAUUCUGUGUUAUUUCCAGUUAGUUUCUGUUUCUGCAAUCAUAAGGGGAAAUAAAUACAUCAUCAGCAUAGUGCAUAGAUUACUCUUACUUUUUUAUAUUUAAUUCAUUUAAAGCAUGUUUGGUUUGAAAGAAAUAAAGGGGAAUAGAGGGAGGGGGAAUUUUUCCUCCAAUCAUAUUAGUAAGAUUCUAGACCAACAUUUUUAUUUGAUUUGAUUGGAUGGAUCAAUUUCUCCUCCCUCUCAUUCCCCUCACAACAAUAGGCUUAAAGUAGCAACCGACAAACAAGAGUUUAGCUCGAGUUAGUAACAUUUAAUUGUAGAAUUUGAUUCUGCUGGUGGAAUUUUCAAUUUGUUUGUCCAGGUUCUUUUUAUGGAUUUUCGUUUGCAAUUGCAAUUUACUUUAGU